AUAAUAUAUACUUAAAAUAUAUAUUAUAUAUAUUGGCUAUAGUUGAAGUUCUUCAGCAGAUAUGAUAUAUUUAUUCCGAAUUCGGGGACGAAUUAGUUAUGUGUAAGUAGAAAUCCUUUUUUGUUUAUAAUUAUAAACAGGCGAAAUAGACAGCUAUGUUGUCCAUUAAUUCUGAUAACUCCUCUUCCGAAGAUGAUGGCGUUGAAGAUUGGUCGGAUUCUGAAAUCGAGUAUGAAUGCAGCUCCGACUAUGCAGCAUUCAGUGCCAUUUACAUGGGCGAGAUAACAAACAUAUUGAGUGUCCACAGUCAAGUUAAUUGUGAAAAUGCAUUAAUACUUAACCAGGAAAUGCAACAACGUCUGCAAGAAGUGCGAAAACGUUUACAAGUUUUAUUACAAUCUGUUCAACAACGAUACUUUUCAAACGAGCAGCGCCUGAAAAUGAAUUUAGGAAAAAAACAACGCGGAUUUGGAAUGCGAGGUGCUUACCUUAAAGGCGGCACAUUCUUUUUUAAAGGAAAUAUGUUUUUUAAAGAUCUCAAAUGUCGCAACUGUCCAAACAAUCAGGAUUACGAAUAUCGCAAGAAUAUGGAGGACGAAAUGUUUCCAAUGGACUUUGAGCUAUGCAGUCGCCAUGUUUGGUCAUUACUGGAUAAAAAAGCUUUGGUUCAAGCUGUAAAAGAACAGGUGGUUGACUACUUAGCAGAUUACCAAAAUCGAGACAAAAGUAAUAAGUCGAAAAAGCUGACACUAGAUAUAAAAGUUCAUACGGACAAACUGGCAAACCUUUUAACAGAAGUGGAUGAUAAAUUCCAGGUUGAUUGGGAGCAAGUGUCUGCACAUAACUUAAACUAUCGACAUUCACCUAGUAGUUGUAAAACUAUGUGGCUGGUGUACUUGCACCCCUCGCUUAAGCGUUGCGCAUGGUCUGAAGAAGAAAAUAAACGUCUCUUAUGUGCAGCACAAACUAAUAAUUAUCAAAAUUGGGAUAACAUAGCAAAAUCAGUUUCGAAACGUUCUGAUUAUCAAUGCUUUAUACAAUACCAGACGGUUGUUUGUUAUAUGGACACACAACGUUGGGGUCGUUGGGAUAAACGUGAUGAUAUUAAGCUACUUAAAUUAAUUGAGAAAAAAUCCAUUAACGGAGUAAUCGAUUGGAAUGCCGUAGCGUCUUAUUUUCCUCACAAACCGAAAAAAUCAUUACAUCAACGUUACAUUUACUAUUUGGACCCAAAGAUUAGCCAUGAACCAUUCUCACCUGAAGAAGAUCUCAUAUUGUUGGCAGCGGUUGAAGAAUAUGGUGAAAAAUUCGCAUUAUUUCCACGUACACUUUUUCCAAAUCGCUCUAUAACGCAGCUUCGUAUGCGUUACAGAAACACAUUACAAACUCGUCAUAAGCUAACGCCCUGGUCUGUAGAGGAUGAUAAAAAACUUAUGGAAUUUAUAGCCGAGCACGGUACAUCGGCUUGGUUACGUUGUGCUGAAACUCUCGGCAACCAUAAUCGUAUUAGCUGUCGUACACGUUUCCUUACUAUACAAAAGUUUUUUGUGAAAAAUCCCGAGGCAACUCUUGACGACAUACCACGAAAAAAGACAUGCACAAUGAAGAAUAGUGUCAUUACAACACAAAAUUGGGUGGAAAAAGUAGCAGAAUUGCGUGAAAACCCCGACACUGUGCUCGUACCAACAAAUAGAAAGUGUAAAAAAAUUAAAGAUAAAGUUGAUAAGUUUGACAAAGCACUUAAAACUAAUGAACCACCAAAAUGCGAGGUACAAUCGGUAAUAAAUAUGGGAAAAAAGAUUCGAAAAAUACCAUACGUUGAACGUUUACGAACUGUUGAACAAAAGCUCUAUCACUUUUUUAAAUAUGCUUAUAAUUUCCGUCUGGGCUCUGAUACAUGUACUAGACCACCAAAUGAGUUAAUACGUUUUGUGGCAACAUCGCUUGAUUUUAAGCCCGAUUUGGCGCGGUCAUAUAUUUCGGACACUUCCUUAUUACCUCAUAUUGAGCGCCGUUGUGCAUUUUACCUACAUCCCAAUGACCAAAUAACCAACGAAGCUUCCUCUAAGCCAUUCAACUAUGCAUUUCCACCAAGUUGGUCAACAGCAAUAGCUUUCCGAGCGCUAUGUGUGCAAUCGGCUCAGCUACAAUUAGAAGGAUGUAAAUCUGAGGAGCGUAAACCAAAUGAAAUUGAGAAAAAUAUAGCGGCACAGAAGUUUCGUAAACGUAUGCGUGCAUUACUCUAUCACACAGCCCUUAUAAGUCGUCUGCAACCAACUCGAUUUGAGGGACUAAUUCAAAUUAGCGCCCCGCCCGUAACAUUAACAGAAAUGAAUCCUGCAGAUUUCAUAGAAGAUAAUGUCAGAAGUGCAAGUAAAAUUGCAGCAGAUAAGUCGACGGUCGAUGUAACUUGUGUGAAGAAAGAGUGUGCAUCUGAACAUUUGGAUAAUUCGGAACUUAAUUCUAGGACUCUGCAGGAACAUAAAAAGUCACGACGAAAAUCGCAACAAGUUGGUCGUAAAAGAAAAUUAAAAACGACAACAUCAUCUGAAACGACAUCAGUAAUGACGGUGCCUGAGAAAAGUCUGCCGUCAAACAUUGAAUUUAUAGAGAGUCCGUCAAAGCUUGUUUCUAAAACAACAAAUAUUCCAUCAGCUGUUUAUGAUAUUAAACAAGAGCAUCGAACAUACGUUGGAGUGGAGUCGGAUCAAGGUUUAAAAGUGUUGUUGGAUGAUUCAAAAAAAAAUCCAUUAACUCUGACGCGAAAAAGCAAGUUGUCAGAAAGUCCAACAUCAGAGCCGGCGCCGAAAAGAGUUCUCAUUGAGACAAACUGUGAUAAAUCAGAUAUCAAUGUGUCUAAUAUAAAGACUGAGCUUGAGUUGUAGUAAGAGAAAAACACUAUGAUAAGGUGUAGUUUCGGGAUUUGAUCAGAAGUGAUUGACUGAACAUGAUAAACAAAAUUUCGAAAAUAUUCACACAAGAGUAGAAAAUUUUGUGUUUUUAUCUCCAAAUAAUCUCUUCAAUUAUAUGAAUAUAUAAUUUAUUGGCAUUGUUUUAUAUUUAACAUUAUGUUAAAGAUUGAAGAAAUUGUAUUUCAUACAUACAUAAGAGAAAGUUUUUUUUUUAAAUAAGAAAUAAUAAAAAAUGUAUUUGGGAAAUGUA